UCAGCCAUCUUGAUGUUUGUUACGAUGGUAGUACAUCAUCUUUUUGCAUCCUCUAUACUUCUCCUUAUCUCAAACACAGGGUUCAGUGCUGAGAUCUCUGUGUUUGUGCAGACGGGAGCUUCUGUUCAGCUGGAUAUACAGACACAACAACUACCAGAGAUUAAUGUCUUCAUAUGGGGAUCAGACAAAUCAACAAUAGUUACAUAUAUAACUGUAACAAAACAAGUGUUACCUGACAGUUCAUAUGAGAAGAGAGUAGAGUUUAAUACUGAAACCUUCUCUCUGACACUGAAGAACGUGCAGAAGACAGACAGUGGACUCUACACAGCAAGAUCAAUACAAGAUAAUAAUCAAUUCUUUGCUGAAUACAGAGUAUCUGUUAUAGAUGCUGUGGAGGCUCCUGUCCUGACUGUAAACUCAAACCAAUUCAGCUAUACCUUCUGUACUGUGAACUUCACAUGCAGAUCUCAUGAGCUCAUGAUUAACUCUAGAUAUCAGAACAACAGAUGCUCUUCUAAGGAAGUGACAUCACAUGAGAUCAACACUCUCAUCCUGAACUGCAGUGAGGAAUCCAUCACCUGUAACCACAGCAACCCUGUCAGCUGGGAAGAAGACAGAAUAAACAUCACACAGCUCUGUGAAGAUAAUGAAAGACAAACCAAACUCUCCUAUGGUUUGUCUUACAUGAUUGUGCUUGUUCUUGGGUGUGUUGUUGUUGGAGUGAUAGUGUUUGCUGGUUUGGUUCUUUACUGUUGCUGCAAGAAUAAAACAGAUGCCAAACUGGUUGGUGAUACAGACUACAAUGAUGUUGAGAUUCUGACCCAGAAGAUGACAGGAGAUACAUGGACCACUGUUACCUACUGUACAGUAGGACAAAACCAAACACCUUCGUGACUACUAAAGACUCAGAAACAGAACUUAAAGCCUUAAUUCAGCUUCCUGACUUAAUUAAUCUUUUUGAAGUGUGCAGACUAUUGUGAGUCCAAUGAACUUCAGUCAGUUACUGUAGAUGUUGCAAGUGUUUCUCUGCUUCUCAUUACAUAUACUUUAAUGUGAUCACACUCUUGAUGUGUAUUUUUGUGCUGUUUGGAUUUGCCUUUCUUGACCAGGUUUCUGAGGAACAAGAGAUUUUAAAAUCUCAGUGGAGUUAAUCUGGUUAAAGGAAUUGUUCAUUCAAAAGUGAACGUGUUGUAAUCAUUUACUGGCGUUUUGAAUGUUUAAGCUGUUUUUGUCUAUUCAAUAAAAGUCAGUGUGCUCAAACUCCAAAAAAAAAAAAAAAAAAAAAAAAAAAAAAAAAAAAAAAGGGUUAGGGUUAGGGUAAUUCAUAAAACUUCAACAUUUUCAUUUUAGAUACUCCUUCAAUUACAAUACUAUACAAUACAUAACAUUUACAACUGAAACAGUUCACAUCAUAUAGUAGCCAUAUCACCCUGCAGCUCAAGACUGGUUGCCUACUGAAGCUAAGCAGGGUUGAGCAUGGCCUUUACCUAGAUGGGAGACCUCCUGGGAAAACAAGGAUGCUGCUGAAAGAGGUGUUAGUGAGGCCAGCAGGGGGGUGCUCACCCUGUGGUUUGUGUGGGUCCUAAUGCCCCAGUGUAGUGAUGGGUACACUGUACUGUCAAAAGGGCACCGUCCUUCAGAUGAGAUGUUAAACCGAGGUCCUGACUCUCUGUGGUCAUUAAAAAAUCCCAGGAUGUCCUUCAAAAAGAGUAGAGGUGUGGCAUCCUGGCAUCCUGGGCAAAUUUGCCCAUUGGCCUCCUAAUCAUCCCCAUAUUCUGAUUGGCUUCAUCACUUACAUCUCCUCUCCACCAAUUAGCUGGUGUGUGGUGGACGUUCUGGUGCAAUAUGGCUGCCGCGCAUCAUCCAGGUGGAUGCUGCGCACUGGUGGUGGUUGAGAAGAUUCCCCCUUCCAUGUAAAGCACUUUGAGUGUCUAGAAAAGUGCUAUAUACAUGUAAGGAAUU